UGCUAUAAAUGUCAAUUGUCACUAUACAAUCGAUUCGGAGUUGGAAAAUAAAAUUGAAUAGGUAUCCUUGAUUCGCAAAAAUGGCUUCGAUCUUGCAGAGGGCUGCAAUGCAACAUUUCAAGGCUCAGACGCGCUUAGCGUCUCAUGCUGCCACUGCCGGUGGCCAUGGAGGUGGCUCGAAAAUGUGGAGAAACAUGUCUUUCUUUGUGGGUUUCCCCGCUAUUGUCCUUGGCAUGUUGAAUGCCUACCUGGCUCAUCAAGAGGAAGGCCACACGCGCCCAGAAUUCAUUCCCUAUGAGCACUUGAGAAUCAGGACAAAGCGCUUCCCAUGGGGUGAUGGCCAGAAGUCCCUCUUCCACAACCCCCAUGUUAAUGCUUUGCCCAAUGGCUAUGAAGAUGAUCACUAAAUCAAUCAAUCUAGAUCUAGAACAUCAAAGUGUUAUUAGAAUUUCUGUAUUGUAAGAUAAUAAAAUUACUAAAAUCA